AUGGAAUCAGAAUCAAAGCGCCGCAAGCUCGAUCACGGCAGCUCUGGCUUGCGACACGCCGGCCUCAUCAACUUCGAGUCACCGUCGUCCGCUCAAAUCUCCACUGCAAGCACCUUUGUUCUCCAAACCGAAGAGCUGCUGAAAGAGGCAAAACUCGAUUACGGCAGGCAUCUGAAGGAUGCUGAUGCCCAGCUGUUCCAACUCAAAACCAUCGUGGACUCGAUAGGACCUCAUGACCCCAUCCCAAUUGCCGAGGCGACCGCUCAGCUUGAGAAGAACCAUCGCAUCAUUGUGCCGUACCCCGAACCUCGGCCCCCCAAAGAUUCAGCCUACAAAGUUUCAUACUCAAAGCCAUCACAAUGCAACGUUGUCGGAAGCUAUGUCUCAAGAACCAUGGUCAAGAAUCAGCCAUCCGUUAGCAUCGACAUGGUCGCUCAAAUGCCCUCAUCGCUUUUCCAAGACAAGGAUUAUCUUAGUCUGCGAUAUUUUUACAGGAGGGCCUAUUACGUUGCUUACGUAGCGGCACAUGUUAGGAAAGCAAUCGGCGAGGCCAUGACUUUCUGCUUCGAGUUUCUUCACGAAAAUCCUCUUCUCCCCGUGCUCGUCCUUCGACGGCCGUUGAUUCAAGGAGAUGGUAAUGGUGGCGCUGGGGGCACAGUCGAUAAGCCUCCCAAACACAGCGCCAAAGAAAACUGCUUCUCCAUUCGCCUGAUUCCGUGCGCUCCCGACAAUCUAUUUCCCUGGUCAAAACUCACGCCGGCCGCAAACUGUACUCGCAUAAAUGACAAUAAUGAAAAGAAGGGAGAAAAAAAGGGAGAGUUGAUGGCUGCCUCGCCAAUCUACAACUCAACUUUGAACGCAGAGAGAACCUUUAUCCAAUAUCUCAGAGUCCUCACACAUGCGAAAAAUGAAUGUGCUGCUUUUCUGGACGCUUGCGUCUUGGGUAGAAUAUGGCUGCAACAGCGAGGGUUCGGCAGCGCCAUAUCUCGCGGCGGCUUCGGCCAUUUCGAAUGGGCCGUCAUGAUCGCUCUUUUGUUGCAGAUGGGCGGAAGAAACGGACAGUCCGCGUUAUCCAGCUCUUUGAGCAGCGCCGAAUUGUUCAAAGCCGGCAUACAGUUUCUCAGCACGACGGAUUUUGUCACAAAACCGUACGCUUUUGCUGCGACCGGUUUGGACAUGAAGACGGUUCGAGAGCCUGGCCCAGUCAUGUUUGACCCUGUCAGACAAUUGAACGUGCUCUACAAAAUGAGCCCCUGGUCCGCUGCUCUGUUGCAGAUGUAUGCGAAAUCAACGUCUGAUUUGCUGUCCGAUGACGCCGCAGACAAGUUCCAACCCACAUUCAUCAUGAAAACAGACGUUGCCUUUCAGCUCUUUGACGCGGUAUUGGAGAUCAACAAGCUUGACCUGGCCAAGUAUUCCGCCUACCCAGAUCGAAGCACUGUCGGUUGGAAAUUCGGCUGGCAAGUACACAAAGUGCUCAAGAAGGCGUUUGGCGACCGCGCCGAGAUGAUUCAUGUGCAGCUCCCGGCUUUGGAUGAGUGGCCUCUGUCAAGCCCCAGCUCGAAGCCGUCUGCGAAACUUGUCGUCGGUUUCGUCUUCAAUCCAGCCAACAUGUCACGGCAGAUGGAACAUGGGCCGCCCGCGGAGGAGGAAAAGGCUGCUGCCGCCUUCAGGCAGUUCUGGGGCGAAAAGGCGGAGCUUCGUCGCUUCAAGGACGGCAGCAUUCUCGAGUGCGUGGAGUGGAGCAGCAGACUUCCUUCUCAAAUCUGCCAAGAGAUUGCCGUGCAUGCCCUGCAGCGGCAUUUGCAGGUUGCGCAAGAUGAAGUUGCAAGGUUGGGAAGCGGGUUCUCGUCCCUGAUCGGCCUGUCUCACGUUGACAGAGAGGCUUUCGACUCUAGCCGACGCGCCUUCACCGCGUUUGAAAACGACAUUCGCAGCCUGGACCAACUCCCACUGCAGAUUCGCCAGCUGUCCCCCGUCUCGCCCUCUGCGCGGUACGCCUCUCUGGAGCCCCCAUCGGUUGCCUUUCACCGAGACACCGUCGAGCCAAUGGACGUCAACCUGUACUUUGAGGCGUCAAACAAGUGGCCCGAGAACUUGAUCGCUGUUCAAGAAGCCAAGGUCGACUUUCUUCUCGACUUUGGCCGGCGACUCACGAGCGCCAACGACAAGAUCGUGACGCAUCUAGGCCGCGAGAACAGGGACAUGGGCCCCGAGAACCUGGCGUACUUGGACGUCGUGUACGAAAGCGGCGCAGCUUUCCGACUCAGGAUAUACAGCGACGUCGAGGAGAAGCUGCUCCAGCAUCAAGUGCAGAACAAGACGCUCGACGCUCACGUCCGCGACGACGCAGCCCGAGCCCUGGCCUCGCUCAGCUGGCAGUACAGCACGUUGCCCUUGCACAGCCAGACCAUUGCCACGUUUUGCACCCGAUUUCAGCCCCUGUCGCCUUCUAUUCGGCUAGCCAAGCACUGGUUCCGCAGCCACAAGCUACACGGGCUGUUCAGCGACGAGCUCAUCGAGCUCAUUGUGCUCCAUGUCUUCCUGCAGCCGUACCCGUGGAAGAUGCCCUCGUCGCCCAUGACGGGGCUGCUGCGGACGCUUCUCUUCCUGUCCAGGUGGGAUUGGCGGGAGGAGCCCCUGAUCGUCGAUUCCGCAGAGACCGUCACCGGCGAAGAGCGAUGGGCGAUGCGGCGCGGGCUCCAGGCAUGGAGGAAGAGAGACCCGCACAUGAACACGCUCGUCAUGUUCGUCGCCACCUCGCACCACCACUCCGGCAUGGCCUACACCCAAACCGGCCCCUCGAAGCUCAUCGCCUCCCGGAUGACCCGCCUAGCCCAAGCCGCCUGCAAACUGCUCCGCGGCCGCGGCCUCCACCUCCAGCCCGCCAGCCUGUUCGAGAGCUCGCUCCAAGACUACGACGUCCUCAUCCACCUCUCCCCCAAGGUCCUCGGCGGCGUCGUGCGGGAGUCCGCCGCCGACUCGAGCGCCAAGAAGCACUCGCAGUACAAGAACCUCGACCACCGCACCGGCAAGAUGCCUCUCGCCAUCAGAAGCCACCCGUCCGCAGUGCUCCUGCACGAGCUGCAGCGCGUCUACCAGGAUUCAGUCGUCUUCUUCUCCGGGGGCCCGCGCGACCCCGUCCUGGCGGCCGUCUGGAACCCCAAGCUGCAGCAGGAGCAAAAGUUCCGAGCUGGGCUGCCGUACAACUUUUGCAGAGUCGCGGCGACGAACACGGAUGUGGUGGAGAUGAACCAGCGCGCUAUUUUGUUGGAAAUCGCCAGGAUUGGCGGGGACAUGAUUCGAAAGAUUGAGGUAGUUGACGCUUGA